AUGGUUUGGAAGGUGUGUCCAUGGGUUUUACAUAGAAACUGGGAAAGUUAAAUUGGAUGUAUAUGUUUGUAGUGCUCUUGUUGAUAUGUACUCAAAAAGUGGAUGCUGUGAUGAUGCCCGGAAAGGAUUUGAUGAAAUGCCAAGCAAAAACGUGGUUUCUUGGAGUGCAUUGAUUGCUGGCUAUGUACAAUGUAAUAGAUCUAAGGAUGCACUCUUUGUCUUUCAGGAUAUGCUUGUAGAAAAUGUCAAGCCUAAUCAAAUGACGCUGUCUAGUAUUCUUACUGCUUGUGCACACCUCGGUGCUUUGGACCAAGGAAAGUGGAUCCAUGCAUAUAUGGUUGGGAAUAAAUUAGAAAUGAACUCUGCUGUUGGGACGGCUUUGAUAAAUAUGUAUGCAAAAUGUGGAUGUCUAGAUGAGGCCUCUUUGGUUUUUGAGACUAUGCCUAGAAAGCAUGUCUACGCAUGGACUGCUAUGAUUAAUGGAUUUGCAGUGCAUGGGGAUGCACAGAGGGCCUUAAAUAUGUUCACACAGAUGUUGAGUACUGGGGUACAACCAACUGGUGUUACAUUCAUUAGUGUUCUUACUGCAUGUUCUCACGGAGGUCUUGUUGAUGAGGGGCGUAAAUUGUUUGAAAUGAUGAAGCAGAGUUAUCAUAUAGAGCCUAAUGUAGAUCAUUAUGGUUGCAUGGUUGACCUUCUAGGCCGAGCAGGGUACUUAGAAGAAGCAAGGAAGUUGAUUGAAGAGAUGCCAAUGGAGCCUACUCCUAGUGUCUGGGGAGCUUUGUUUGGUGCCUGUAUGAUUCACAAGGCAUAUGACCUGGGGGAAUACGUAGGACAACAUUUGAUCCAGUUGCAGCCACACCAUAGUGGUCGAUAUGCUCUUCUGACAAACUUGUAUUCUACAUGUCAAAAAUGGAAAGCAGCUGCUUCUACAAGGAAGCUUAUGAAAGAGAAAGGGGUUGAAAAGACAUCAGGAUAUAGCUGGACAGAAAUCGGGGGUGUACUUCACGAGUUCAUUGCUUUUGACAAAUCUCAUCUUGAAUCUAACAAUUUGUACGAGAUGUUGGAUGGUCUCACUCUUCAAUUAAAACUCUCUGGUCAUGUUCCAGAUAUAUGCUAGCUUGCUGACAUAUGAUGUGAACAUGGGUUGAGGUUGUUGAUCAAACUAGUGUGCUUGCAUUUUUAUGGUCACUCCUUAUUAAACUGCUCGCAUACAA